AGUCGGGUGCUGUCUAGUCCGCCGCGCGGAAGAUGCCAGUCAUGGUGCGACAGGAACUGAACGUCACCAUUGCCCACGGCGAAGAAGGGACGCAGAGCGUGAACGGCGUCAGGAACGGCAACGUCGGAGGAGGUGUCAGGGCGACCGGUGGCACGACGACCGCCACCACGGGAAAGGCGCCGUCGGGCCGGACGCCAAACUGCGCCCGCUGUAAGAACCACAACAAGACAGUGCUCCUGCGGGGUCACAAGAGGUACUGCCCGUACGUAGAGUGCGUCUGCGACAAGUGCAAACUCAUCGCAAGGCGCCAGGUGGUCAUGGCCAAGCAGGUCGCGCUCCGGAGGGCUCAAGCACUCGAUGAAGCCAUGGGCAGGACUGUCAUCGAAGAGAUCGACCCCGAGGAACUCAAGCAGGCCGCGGAGAACGGCAGCAUGCCACCCGCAGACUGCGUGACCGCGGCGGACGUGGCCCUGCCAUCCCUGCCGUCGUCCCCGUACUCCCCAUCGCCGCCGUCGUCGUCUUCGUCCUCGUCGUCGUUCGCGGCGCCCCCGCAUCCGCUGUACGGCCCCGCGAGCCCGUCCCCGCUGUUCGCGGCCGCCGCAGCCGCCGCCGACGGCUCGCCGCCGCUCUUCAUGUCGCUGCCAUUCCCGAUGCCGCCCAGCCCGCGCCGGCCCUGCGACGCCUGGUCCCGAUCCGAGGUGUCUCCGUACCUGAGCGGCGUGCCCGGAGUGCCACCUCCCCUUCACCUGGCCGCGCUGCCCAGACCCAUUCCGACGGGCGGCAUACACCACGGCCCGACCGGCCCGCGAUACGACGCAGGAGCCGUCGGACCCCUCGGCGGGGACGUGUCCGUGACGGCGGCGGCGGCCGCCGCCGCAACCACCUACGCGUCUUCGGUGUACGCUUACGACCGGAGCAUCGCGGCGGUGGCUGGCGUGACGCCGCACUUCGAGCACCACCCGGGUAUCCCCCUGUCGUCGUACGGGCCGUCCUUGCUCUGGUGGGACUGAGCGAGAACAGCGGCGCCGGUGAGCCGAGCUGGCUCCCAAAUCCGAGGGCCAUCAACGCGCCACCCCUCUUCUUUGGAAGGAAAACGGCGAACCUCUGUUUGUGUUUCGCUUGUAGUGAUAAUCAUUACGUGAUUUGGUUAUUGCUUCUUCGUGCGCUGUGUGUGUGUGCGCGUGUGCGUGGGUGUGGGUGUGUGCGUGCGUGCGUGAGGGUAUGUCGUCGCUGUUGUUUCGGUGCGAUCGAAUAACGGGGCCUACCGUGUAUGCGUGAUGCCUGUAGAUAGUCGCGCACCGAGCCGAAGGUGGCGGCAGUACAGCACUGCUGAGCUGACCGCCCCGUCAUUAACGUCUCUGCAGCUCGGAAACGAGUAACGAAGGAAGCUGGGUACAAGUUCAGAUGUGGUUCAGGCCUGUCGUAAUUAAACUUUCACCAAUUUCGGAAGAUUAGAUAAACCCUCAUGUGGAAGCUGCGAAUAUCCAGUUUACGAUUCCACCUACAAUACGGUACGCUACCUAAGAAAAAACCAAAAUCAGCGCUUGCAUUGCGGCUAUACUUCUCGUGGGAACGCUGAAUCCUUCUGAAAAUUACCAGGUGUGAACCUUCAAAUCCAUUGGGAUAGCCCGAAAACUGAAUGUCAUCAUUCGACCACUUUUACAGAAUUGGUCGCCACACGGAGCCUGCGAUACAUUUUCCCGUCUGCUCUCACUUGUAACGCGAUCAGCGGUUAUGUUAUCUACCUGUCCUCUUUUAUACAUCGCUUUUACAUCGAGUCUAGGACGUUCCUCGCUAUUUGAGGGAAUUAACUAAAUCAAUUGACCGACGAGGUUCGCUGAUUCUCCCGACAACACCUUUUCGAAGAGGCACGGAGGAAUUUUUUUGAUCUCGACAGUGACACGUGACAAAUAUCAAAACCGCCGUCCCUUGAGAAGCGUACCUAGGAACAUAGAAUCCUCGCCGAUGGAAGAGUUCUAUUUUAGUCGAUGUUUUGCUGCUGCGGUGAGCAGCAACGAACCUGAGCUUAUUUUUUACGUUGAGAGUAGUCCCGACGAUUAUACUAUACCCUUCAGUCACUCUUUUUCUUUUCUUUGUUUUUUUUUUUUUCUUUUUGUGUUUACUUUUUUUACCGUUUUUUUUGUUUGUUUUUUUUUUUGUUUUUCUGUCUUCCUUUAUUUUUUUCGCAUCAUAUUGCACCCACGAUAUGUCCGUGUAUAUGAGUCGUAUUGCAUUGACAGUGUGUGUUUUUUUUAUGUGUACAGUUAUUUAUUUUGCCCCUCCCCCCCCCUUUCCGCACUGUGCCGACAGCGUCGUACAGAUGGAUGAAGUGAGGACCGCAACCAUAUAACGUGCGAAUCCCCUUGUAUCAUUUUUGUUGAUUCUAAUAUUUUCCCCCUCCAUUUCCGUGUUUGUCUGCCUGUCCGUCAAGUGAGUGUUUGGUAAACGUUUGAUGUCGCUUGAGAAAUUCAGUAAUCGGGACACGCCCUGCUCCUUCGGCCUGCAAACAUCGUCACAUUAUGCUGUCCAAAUGUUCCUACUAUAGCAUACCCUGUGUUUGCAAAACCGUCAAAAUAAUUGUUGUCGAGGUGGCGUUUGUAUUGUGUGCGUAGGCUUGACCUGGCGCUGUUCGCAGUAUAGCUCGAAUGACGAAGAGACCGAAAAGUUCGUAAAGGACCUACCGCGGAUAGCCUGCCACUCUGCCCAAGCAGCAGCAGCAAUUAUUCAUCGCUGUUCACACCAAAGGCGCACUCGGUGAAAUGGUUUGUCCGUGUAGUAUCAUUCAUCUCUCUGUUCCCGAUUGACAAGGUUUGCUUUCGCUUCACGGCGUGAGACUCGCCUGGCUAUUAAUGCCUUUUGCUGUGGCGCCGACAGAAAGCGCAUAGGUUAUCCGUCACGGUUGUGGAUAUAAUCGCGUCCGGUUAACAAAAAUAUACCUGAUGUUCUUUGGUGUCACGGGGGUAGCUUGUUUUAAAGUGCCGUUGACACUUGCUCGAACGUUAAUCUCAUUUCUCGAUGUUAAAUGAUAUAACGGCGGUGGACUUUUUGUUUCCGUAAUAACACCUCUGCACACUUUCUUCUUCGAAUAGUGCGGGAACAUUCUUGAACAUUUUGAUAUGGCAUUCUGAUUUUGGGGGGAUUGCAGUCGUGGCUCGAUGACCAUUUGCGUACGUAGAAAAGGAAAAACGCCGACUUAUGCACCAAGAUUCAACGCCCCGCCCUAGGCACGUAAUGUUGCCCGUCUAUCCCUUUUCACCGUCACAGAGUGCUUCCUUUUUGUUGCCCUAGAGCUCCAGCUGGAGGUCACUGCCUGAAUAGUGCUUCUACGUCCUGGUCAUUUAUCGCUCCCGGCCGUAAUAUGCAACCUAACUGGCGCCCCUUGAGGCCAGCUUAUCGAAAUACAGAAUAACGUGGACGGCCAUCGGGAUCGCUCCUCGCGUUUCACUGUACACUGCGCGACAUUUCUAGCACGAACACGACUUCGGGGCCUUCUUGCAUUUCGCCGAGACAGUGUACUGACGGGCACCCAACUUUGCCACUUAGGUCGGUCCCGAACGUCGGCUUUCCGCCACACUAUACUCCGUUUCAGCUUACGAUGAACCGGAGAUGGCGCAACGAGAGCCAUCGAAGCCAAUUGCGUGCCGCCUGAGCGUCACAUGACCUUCGCGAAAGCGCAGUGACGUCCGACCUGGUCAGUUUACAGGACUGGAUUGGCUGGAAUGGGUUGCAGCGGCCACUGCGGUCCACCAUGAUCGAAAACCGAGGGCCGUAGGUCUUAUGGCAGUCGUUCGGUCCUCUGAAAGAAACGGGCGAUAGCUUGUUUCCGCUAGCAGUGUCGCGCUAUGUACAUUUGUCACUGAUACGCAACACGUACUUUUUCACGAGGAAACCGGCUUUGCUUUCUGCCCUUGUUGUUCUACAAUGGAGUUCGUUCAAAAUAAUACUUUUUUAAAUGUGAGCUCGUUACUGCAUUAAAAAUCGUGUUCCCGAUUACUAACCCGUUGGCAGACCUGAAUGUCAACGCAUUCAGAUUUCUCAUCGUGAAGGUAUAAUUAACAUCCAAUCCGGUUGAAUACCGGAUACACCAUCUUUGUAUACACCAUCAUACACUUUAGCUCAGUAGUUCCGUGCUCUCUUGCGGGAGGCAGGGAUACGAGCGCGGUACUUUCCAUGUACGAAAACUCGUGCAAACCAAGCUUCGCCCAAAACCACGCCAUCGCGCCUUUGCUUUGCUUUGUACCCGAGGCACUUUUGUUUCGUUAACCAAAGGCCCACAGCCACAUUUGUACGAUGCUAAACGCCACGGUGUGUCGCCGGUGCGCCGCUCGCCGUAUUCACACUAAAAUACCGAAUUCAAUGGAACUUUUAUGACUAAGGUUGAAGCUUGGGCUAGUCGGUGUGACAUCUUUAAAAGGUUAAAACAGCGCAAACUACGAGGGACGCGAAUCAGGAGGACACAUGCACAGCGCUGAGUUUCCCGGUUACACAACACAAGAUGCAGACCCGUGAUGUGGUGUUGCGCCUCGGUAGCUGUUUGUCGCCAUGCAGCUCUUUCCCGGUGUCGCUCUCUCUGGAGGUUGGUAGGUUGAGGUGAAGGCCGAGCGAGGACAAAAACUCCACCCAAGCUUGGCAUUACCUACGAGCUUAUGGUGCUUAUAUGUGCUAACGAAGCACAUAAAGUGCGCCGGAAAGCAUGCAGUAGCUAGCCUUAGUAGCGCGGGCAACGCACUGAUGCGGUCUCAGAAGUGCAUGUAAUCGAAGAGCCCAGGCGCGAGUGUGACCUGAGUUGUGUGCUAAGCCUGUCCUCGCGUGAGACCGCCUGCAUAACAGUGAAGGCUUAUGGAAGCAGUUACUGGUCCCUUAACCCUGACCAUGUUAUUAAUAGUGUCUGUAAUACCCGCUGGAAACUGUGACGUUCGUCCCGAUUCGUGCUUGCUGUGGAGUGUGAGGCUAACAGUGUAUAGUACCUAAUAUUUCUGAAUAAUUUGGCAAGGUGAUCAGCGUCGAAGAGCUUGGUUUAUUCUUUAUGUGUUUGUUUGUUGAGUUUUGUCGGGACUAACGUUCCGCCUGGUAUACCUUUUCAGAUUUGAUCAACGCUUUUUGUGCUCAACUCUAAGCCGCUAUAGCUCGGGAAUACAGUUUAUGUUGGGAGGUUAUUUGGUUGCAAGGUUGUGGCUAAAUUUCAAACGAACCCCUACGUUGUUGAAGGGAUGCUGAGGCCGGAGACAGCUGCUGGUGAACAUUGAGCGGAGUGAUGAUCCCAGGGCUCUAUCUCUGGUAUAUCACAAUGCUCAACUACGGCUGUCUGCUUAACUCCUACUUCACUGAAAAGUUGACCGUUGUUUAGGUUUAGUGGCAACACUUAAUCUCUGAUUGUCGUGUCAGUUUUUCCGAUUAUUGACGUGCUCUUUGUGUGGCUUCCCCAGCUCAACUGUGAUGUUCACAUAAGCCUCCCAAACCCAUUUGUUCGUCCUUUAAAAAAAAAUACAGUUGUUUCCUCCAGUAUAAUACCACUUUUUGAGUGUCAAGGUGUAGGUGUUCUAUAUAUUGGCAUUGGAAUCAUUGUACGUAAUUGAAGGAGUCGAGGAAGCUUGACGGAAACGGAAUCGAGGAUAAAUUUUGGGGAGACAACAAAGCGUGAAUGAGAGAGAACUUGCCGUCGUUUGACCAUGUGCUGCGUUUAAGGUGUUUAUGUGCGUCAGAUGUCUACCUGCCUUGAGAAUCGGAGAUGAAGAGAUGUGUCAAAAUGAAGUAUAGGCGGUGAAACUAUGUCGCGUGUUUCUGGUACAGGAGCAUCGAAAAUGGUGCUACAUGACCGCUCCUUCAUCGAAAGAGAAGGAGCGAUGAUGAUGAUGAUGUCUCGUCCAUACCCUGUGUGUAAUGACCACUAAAAAUGCUCUGCGGUUUCAUUAUUGUGGAAGAAGGGCACAAGUUGCCUGUUUAGCCUAAGUGGUUCUCCAUACGAUACAGGUCCCCAACGGGACCUUGCGACAAGAAAGGCUCCAAUAGUCCCUCGAGGCUUCUUUAUCACUUUUGUUAAUGGAACAGACUGUAUGAAGUGAAGAUGAGAUGUGUCAGACGAGACAAUUGUUUUAUGUGGAGCUGCAAGUCUCCGCGGAUAUGUGCCUUCAUGUUAAGAGGUGUGGUGGGAGGAACCACCGCGUCUUCGUGGUUUGAGUAUAGACGUCUUACGUUUGUUCCAGCUGAAGAUGCCCGGUUAUGCAACUGCAUACAUGCUCUAUGGCAAAUAGUAGGCACCGUUUGUGGUCUUUUUGUGACACGUUUGAAAUUUUAAGCCUAGUAUACAAAAUUUGUUGGGUCUUACACGAGUGCAUACGCUGCCGUUAUCAAAAUAGAGCACUUGUUUGUUUCAGAUUUUUUUACCGGUAUUCAUAUAAAUCUUUUGAGCACAAAAACAUAUCCUUUUUGAAGCUUAUAAAGUAUUGUCUUUUUUUUUUUUAUUUGUCAAUGUAUUGGCAGUCAGAUAUUUUUUCACAGGCCUUAACUUGCCUUAGCUUACGCGAAAAUGCUUGUGAUUUUGUCUUCUUUUUUUUUUUACAGUUGCAGAAUAUACCUUACUUAUUAAUUGAUGUAAUUCUGGGAAUACAGAAAUGCAUAUAUGUUUUAUUCUUAUAUUAGUUACAGCCACUUCGAUUAUUUCAAAUGGCAUUGGAAAUAUUUAAAAUGUUGAAAGAGAGCAUUUUUUUAAUGGAACAACCUUUGACUAUGUAACUUCUAGUUUUAUUUUCACAUUUCCUUAGCCAUCUCUAAGCCUUAUUUGUAAAGAGACAAACACAGGAUGUUAAGUUAAGAUUCAGUUUGAGAGCUAUAUUACCUGCCACUCUUUAGUAUAUAAGGUUUCGUCGUCUUGCCUUGGAGUUACGCUGAUCCAGUCAGAGCGCGCAUAGUGUGCUCCUUCCAAAAAAUGUUUUCCCUAGGAAUGUCUGACAGUUCUUUAUUGGUUAUAAAAAUCUUUUUUUUUCCUUUUCGAUAAAGAGGGGGGAGGGGGGCAUGAUAAGGUUAAUAGCUUUUUGUUCCUAGGUCAGAAAUAUUGACGCAUUGAGAACUACAACUGCAACAGUCAGAUUUAGGGCUGACAGAUGGUGAAAAUUGAGUUGAAUGGUUACCUGCGCCGGCGCGCAAAGCUAAAAGGAAAGCCCCACGAGCAAUAUCGGACAAAGGUUGAAGUCCAUCCAGCGUAAUUGCAAGGCAAUGACGGCAGCUGUGCAAUCGGUUAAUGCUCUGCAUCCCGUCAGUGUACCCAACUAGCCAUUUUUGCAGCCUCGAGUUCAUUUCAAGCCUGUUUGGGAGGUGGUGUGGAGAACCCAAUGACACAUGAGUGAGAACGAAAGUCUGGUCGUAGUGGUCUUACAUGGUGCUUUGGCGAACUGCCACGUGAAAUAUGCACGAGUCGAAUGCUGUGAUGUUAAAGCGCGUGUUAUGGAGAUGCCCGGCUUUUUUGCUGCGGCGUACGAGGGAGUCAUCUGUGUGCGACCGCGGUGCCAAGGCGCCGGUCCACAUGCUUUUCGAAGAAUGUGAUACUUGCUUGGACAUUUCCUACUGCCGCAUGGGGUGGGGUCCCGUCACACUUCCGCGCCUAGUAUUAUUCGUUCGCGAAGCACGCACUGUGUAAACCUGCACUGUGACCGGAGAAUCGAGGGUAGUUAGAGGAAAACAGAGAAGCAGUGCGAACAUUCGUUUUUUCUCCUGCGAAUGCUUAGGGAGAAAUAAACGAAUCUGUAGAAAAUCCUCUCAGCGGUGGUCGGUAUUUCGCUAUGACAAGGUUUCCUUGGCAGAAUAAAUGUCAUUUCGGGCCGGCUCGGAGUAAACUUCGAUCAUAUUUUCUUUUUUUACUAUUCGUUGACUAAUUUUUGUUUUGUAAAUGUGUGUCCAUCUAGACUGCGUAGAAGUGGACGCGUAAAGGUUUGUUUUCGUCUCAACGAGGAGGGUAGUCGUUCGAAAUGCUAAAGCACACGCGAGGAAAACAAUACCGCGAAGAUUGAUGGAUCAGGGAUGGGAUUGAAGCGACCGCAUGAGCCGAUAUUGCAUCUACAUUUCGGGGAGAUAAAAGUAGAACAAAGAAGAACGGGAGCUUUUGGCAGGGGGAAGGGGGAGUUAACUGCGUUGCUUUAGAAACGAAUAGAACAUAGCGCGAAAAGGUGACGGGUCCCCGAGCCCUGCGGACAGCGGUGUACUGUCGGGCGUCUGACGUGUGAUACUGUUUGUGAUAAAGCUAUAGCGUGGACGACGAGAGAGGUGGGAAGAGAGUCCCUGCCCUCGGAGCAAGCGUCUACGCCGUAUUCGCGCUCAGUUUUGUGAAGUGUCUAGUUUGUACGAAAGCGUCGACGAAGAAUAAUAUUACAGCGUCAGUUGAUAACGAGUGCGCCGUGCCAUUUACGCACGGCGGAACACCGUGAAGAAAAAUGUCUAGCAGAGUUUGUAAGAGGUUAUUUUGUAUAAGGUUGUCGUUGCCAAAUAAAAAAAGCUGUGAGUCAAGAAA